AGGCGCGGCACCGAGGCAGGCGGGGCGCCGGGAGCAGCGGGCGCGCACCGGCCGUGAGUGUGCGCUUUUGAGCAGCGGCCCGGCAACAGCUCCCUUGGCCCGGCGGCGCCGCAACCCCGCCAUGAGCUACGACCGUGCCAUCACCGUCUUCUCGCCCGACGGCCACCUCUUCCAAGUGGAGUACGCGCAGGAGGCCGUCAAGAAAGGCUCGACCGCGGUUGGCGUUCGUGGAAGAGACAUCGUUGUUCUUGGUGUGGAGAAGAAGUCAGUGGCCAAACUGCAGGAUGAAAGAACAGUGCGGAAGAUCUGCGCUUUGGAUGACAAUGUCUGCAUGGCCUUUGCAGGACUCACUGCCGACGCAAGAAUAGUCAUCAACAGGGCCCGGGUUGAGUGCCAGAGCCACCGGCUGACCGUGGAGGACCCAGUCACUGUGGAGUAUAUCACCCGUUACAUCGCCAGUCUGAAGCAGCGUUACACGCAGAGCAAUGGGCGCAGGCCUUUUGGUAUCUCUGCCCUCAUUGUGGGUUUCGACUUUGAUGGCACCCCCAGACUCUAUCAGACUGACCCCUCGGGUACAUACCAUGCCUGGAAGGCUAACGCCAUAGGCCGGGGCGCCAAGUCUGUGCGUGAAUUCCUAGAGAAGAACUAUACUGACGAAGCCAUUGAAACGGAUGAUCUGACCAUUAAGCUGGUGAUCAAGGCACUCCUGGAAGUGGUUCAGUCAGGUGGCAAGAACAUUGAACUUGCUGUCAUGAGGCGAGAUCAACCCCUCAAGAUUUUAAAUCCUGAAGAAAUUGAGAAAUAUGUUGCUGAAAUUGAAAAAGAAAAAGAAGAAAAUGAAAAGAAGAAACAAAAGAAAGCAUCAUGAUAAAUAAAAUUUCCUUGCUUAUAACCAUUUUUAAAUUCAAAUCAUGAAUGAGUCUCAAAAUGAUGUAUAGGUAUUUCCAUUCCAUUCUGUCCUAUCUGAGUGCCCUACAUUAAACUUCCAUAUUUUUUAA